CCGAAAUACCGUAAUAUGGAGUAUAUAAAUGGACAGAGGAGUCGGAGAAAAAUCACUGUGCUAUUUAAAAGAAAAGGGCAGAGAAAGAAUAGAGGGGACAUGGGGAAGAAAAUACGAGUCUUUUCAUACAGUGUUUUUCUUCUUCUGAUCACACUUGAAUCAUCCUUUGCUUCAUCUCUUUCGCAGUCAAACUCAAAUCAGCAGGGUAUUGAGCAUUCUAUUUCAAGAAAUCUUAAAGAAGAUCAAUCUCAAGUUCCUGAAGUUCAUUGUUCCAGAGAGAGGAGUCGGGCUGCAUGGAAAGUUAUAGAGGAGUAUCUUAUGCCAUUUUUGGAACGAGAGAAAUAUCAGCUCUCGAGCAAAUGCCGACUUCAUCCAAGCAAUGAUAUCUUUAGAGAUCAAGAGGAAAAUAAGAUUCAUGUGGAUAUAAAUGAGUGGCGCUGUGGGUACUGUAAGAAAAUCUUCCGAGCAGAAAAAUAUUUGGAUCAGCAUUUUGACAACAGACACCUAAAUCUUCUGAAUAUUAGUGGCAGCAAGUGCUUAGCUGAUGUAUGCGGAGCUUUGCAUUGUGACCUCGUAAUGGAUACUCAAUCUCGUAAAACCAAGUGCAAUCCUGCUGCUGCUGCUAAAAACCAUCACUUAUGUGAGGAUCUUGCCGACAGCUGUUUUCCCGUUAAUCAGGGCCCCCCAGCAACUCGUCUUCAUGAGUUAUUUUUGCGCCAGUUCUGUGAUGCACACACUUGUUCUGGAGGAAGAAAACCCUUCUCUAGGGGAGGCAGGAAGCAUACAAGCAUCUUCUACCUGGCAAUUUCAAUACUGAUUUUGAUGUUCCUCCCAAUAUUUUACCUGAUUGUUUAUUUGUACCAAAGAGAAAUGAGAACGGGAGGGCAACAACUCAAGCGCAUCUCAAAACCUGGAAGAAAACCAAAGCCUUCUUGAUGGAAAAACUCUUAGGCAUAACAUACUGGAGCAGAUGGGGAAUGAACAUAAAUUCAAGUUCUGAGGUACUAACAAGUGUAUAUCCUUCAAUAGUGUUGCCUGUUGAAGUGAAUUUUCAACAUCGGCUCACAAUAGCUCGCAGGAAAAUCAGCUGCAUUUUUUGGAUUUUGUUGGUUUUAAGAUUUUCUUCCCCGAAUAUGAACAUUUCUCUUUAACGUUAAAAAAACAUAGAAGAUGCUUGAAAAGAUAUUUUGAUAAAUGGAUCAUAAUUCUGUUCAUAAAGUAUCUUCCGACUCGGGAUUCAGGUGCCUCUUGAAAUUUUUAAAUAUUGUACAUUUCAAAAUGGUGUCUAUUAAGUUUGAACAGAUGUUCAUCUGUCUUCAUUAGUUUCAAUUUUCUUGGC